AUGGCGUCUCAUCCAGAGAUGUCUGCGCUACCCGCCAGCGAUACAAAGCAGCCAACUCUUGAUCAUUCAGAAGAUCAACCUCCAGCCGUACGCCAUGUCGAAAACUCCGAAUUCGAGGAAAGCCCCAAGGUCGCCUGGUCCACUAUCCUGGCAGUCUUUUUCAUGGGCCUGACUUACAUUCCCGCGAUCGCAACAGCAUUUCUUAUGCCGACUCAGAUCCUCCAGCAAAUCGGUAUGGCUCUCGGAGACACAGAGAACAUUGCUUGGAUCCCUGGUGGUUGGUCCAUCGGCGCAGCUGUUUCGUUCUCCGUAGCAGGAGGCCUGAGCGACGUCUUUGGUCGCCGAUGGGUUCUUCUAAGUGGCCAGACUAUCAUCCUGGUCGGUGCAAUCGUUUGCGCUUUUGCUGAAACAACAUUGCGAAUUGUCACCGGAACUACUCUCGUGGGAUUUGGUGCUGGCGUCAUCAUGGUAUCUUAUCCUGGCAUUAGCGAGCUUCUCCCGAAUAAGUACAGAGGAAUCGGUAUUGGAUGGACCGAGUUCUGCAUCACUAUCCCAUGGGGAUCGCUAAGUGGCUUGAUUGCAACACAACUCUACCUCAAGGCAACCUGGAGAUGGUGUUACUACAUCACCAUCAUGUAUGCUGCUGUAUGUCUGAUCGGCACCUUCAUCUGCUACUUCCCUCCGUCUCGUCCGCAGCACGACUUUGAGAAAACACGCUGGCAGCAACUGAAAGAGCUUGAUUAUAUCGGAUUAUUGCUCUUUGCCACCGGACUUACUAUAUUCUUGAUUGGCGUUACGUUCCUAGGCGCCGCUCAUAGGUCCACGGUACUUGUGGCAACGACCAUCUCGAUAGGUGCUUGUAUUUUCAUCGCCGCCUUUAUAUAUGACUUUACUAUCCCGAAGAAGCCUCUCUUUCCCCUCAAGUUGUUCCGCAUGUACAGGGAGUUCACAGUAUAUCUCGUGAUCCUUUUUGUUUGUGGAAUGAUCUGGCAAGCAAUGGUCACACUUGGUAACCAGGGCACUUUGUUCAUGUUCACCAAUGAUCUUACUGAAAUCGGCUACAUCUCUAUUCCCGCUAGUGUCUCGGGUAUUAUUGGAGGUUGGAUCAUGCCCACUUUGGUUCACAAGAUCAAGCACAUCCGGUACCAAUUCCUGUUCGCCCUUCUCCUUCAAACGGCGUUCACCGCGUCAUACGCUUCUGUGAUUCCCCACAACAAGACCGGAUGGAUGCUCUUGCCCAUGUUUGGUCAAGCCUGUUUCACCUGGCUUACAGUUUUGUCCUACGUCUCAUCUGGCUUGCUGGUCCCGCAAGAGGAACUCGGAGUCUCAGCCGGACUGAUGGGAACGUUCCGCAGUGCUGGUGGAUCAUUGGGCAACGCUAUGUUCAGCACGAUUGUCGCCUCUAUCGUUAAUCGUAAACUUGCUAACAACAUUGCUGGCGCUGCUAUCGGCGCGGGGUACUCUGCCAAAGACUUGCCAUCUCUGAUCCCUGCGGUCAUCCAGAACGCGGUUGGUGUACCUUUCGCCAUGGCCAAAGUGCCAGGGGUAACCGAGUCAGUUCUCCAAGCAACGACUGCCGCCUUUAAAAACACCUACGCCACAGCUUUCAGAACCGUAUUCUUAUCUACCAUUCCGCUGGGCGUGGUAGCUAUGAUGGCAGCCGCCUUUAUCCGCGAUCCGAGCCAUUUGCUUAAUAAUCAUGUUGCCGUCCAUCAAGAGAAGGAAGUUCUUGGAAAGAAGCAUCAGGCACAAAUGGCUGGAAAGGAGAUUGAUUAG